UCUCUUUCUGUAUUUAUAAGAUAAUGCAGAAGGAAAUCUUUUAAAUAAGCGACAACUUAUCAACAUUGAAGGCUUGUAUUUUGCUGUCGAGUUACAGCAUCCAUAAUAAGAAUGUAAAAUCGAAAAUAAGGCUAUGAAUAGCCAUGUGAAAAGUCCGUAUGUUUCGUUUUUAUGGACAAUAUUAAAAUAUAAUGCACCCUAACAAUACCGUGUACCUAGACAUCGUUAUUAAUGCAAGAACAUUGUCGUCGGGGAUGUCUCAGCAACUCUGAACAGAUGACAUACUAUAUACUUUGUCAUUGUCGAGGGAAGAUUUGCUGUUACGUAAAAAUAUGGACUUGUUGCCGGUGAACUUUUACGUUCUUCGUUUCUGCGGUGUGUGGAAAGAACGUAAGGAUGACAACUUGAUAAUACGCUUUAUCAGCUUCUGCUACAGAUAUACAAUCGUUGCUUUAAUAUAUCACUUUACGAUAUGUGAGGUAAUCGAACUCGUACGUAUGAGAAAUAACGUUGACGAUUUAACAGAAGGUUUAUUCAUGGUCUUAACUUAUAUAUGCCUCUGCCUAAAGUAUUUAAACAUUUUGAUGCGACAAAGUGAGUUACAUGCCUUGCUAAAUUGUUUUCGCAUCAAGCUAUGUCAGCCAAAAGAUUCAACGGAGGAAUUGAUAUUAAAACAAUACCAUCUUCAAGCUAAGAAAGUCAUAUGUGCCUUCAUGCUCAUUUCGCAAAUAACGGGUUUACUGGUUCUCACCGCACCUCUGAUGUCGCAGAACAAAAGGCAAUUACCGUUGAAGAUGUACGUACCGUACUCCAUGGCGGAAUUACUUCCUUAUCUCUUGACUUAUCUUCAGCAAGUUGGAGCUGUAAUUUAUGGGGUAUUACUGAACGUCACUUUUGACUCCCUCGUUUACGGUCUCAUUAUUCAUACCUGCGGUCAGAUUGAGCUGCUGUGUCAUCGAUUGUCAGAAACGUUCAGAUUUCUUCAGGAGAAUAGCGAAGAGAAGAGACACGGCGCCAUUGAGAAAUUUGCUAUCACAGAAUGCGUGAGGCAUCAUAUUUCUGUGUGCAGCAUCACACAAAGGAUACAAUCGCUAUUUAUGUGGAUUGUCGCCACAUUGUUCUUCUUCAGCCUUGUCACUCUCUGUACCAGCAUCUAUCAGAUGUCUAAUAAAAAACUGUUCGGCGUUGAAUUUUUUGCUUUUGUAAUGUACUUAGGAUCAAUGUUGUUUCAAGUAUUCUCAUAUUGCUGGUUUGGCAAUGAGCUCGAUUUAAAGAAUAAAAGCAUAGCGUAUGCCAUUUAUGCUAGUAACUGGACAAUAGUAUCGGUUAAACAACGCAAAAGCUUGUUGUUUAUAAUGAUGAUAAGUCAGAGAGGACGAAUUAUUUCUUUUUAUGGAAUUUGUUCAUUAGUUCUCAGCACUUUCACGUGGAUUUUAAAGACGUCCUACUCUGCUUUCAAUUUGUUACAACAAGACGAAAGGCAAUUGCCAAUGAAGAUGUACGUACCGUACUCCAUGGUGAAGUUACUACCUUACCUGUUGACCUAUCUUGAGCAAGCUGUAGCGAUAAUUUAUGGAAUAUCAAUCGACAUUGUUCUCCACUCCCUCGUUUACGGUUUCACUAUACUUGCCUGCGGACAGAUAGACCUGCUGUGCUAUCGAUUGUCGGAAACGUUUCGAUUUCUUCAGCUUCAGGAUAAUAGCGAAGAGAAAGGGGACGACACCAUUGAGAAAUUUGCAAUCGCGGAAUGCAGGGAGACCAUCUAUCAGAGCGACGGUCUCGGAAUUAUGGAUAUAUUACCAUACAAUUUCCGAGUUCUCUGGUUUUGCGGUGCUUGGAGCGAAAAGAACAAUAACAAUUUUUUCGUUCGUUUUUUAAGUUUCUGCUACAGGUACGCUGUUGUUAUUCUAAUAUACGAAUUUACAAUAUCGGAAGUUAUCGAACUCGUAAGAACGCGCGACGACAUUGAAGAUAUGACGGAAGGACUCUUCAUGGCGUUAACUUACGUAGCUUUAUGUUUUAAAUACGGAAACUUCUUAGCGCGAAAAGAGGAAAUGUCCAUGUUGUUGGACUGUUUUCGAAGAGAAACGUGUCAGCCAAGGAAUUCCGAAGAAAAGACGAUUCUUAUUAAAUAUGAUCGCAAAGCCAAGUGGUGCGUCAGAACUUUCAUGAGUAUAUCUCAAGCUACUUGCAUAGCUCUUAUACUCGCUCCCAUCGUGGGGCCACAGAACACCGACAGACCCCUGCCGUUCAAGACGUAUCUGCCGUACUCGAUAUCCGGCUUAUACCCGUAUUUGGCGACCUAUCUUCAGCACGUAGGUGCAAUAUUUUAUGGGGUAUUGCUGAACGUCUCGUUCGACUCCCUCGUCUACGGCUUCACCCUUCACGUCUGCGGACAGAUCGAGCUGCUGUGUUAUCGUCUGUCGAAGCUCUUCAAGCCGAGCCAUUAUCCUGAGCAGUAUCGAAUCGAUUCGGGCAAAGGAGCGAUGAUCAGCGAGUGCGUGAGACAUCACUUAUACGUACACGAGAUCGUACGCAGGAUACAAUCGUUGUUUGUGUGGACCGUGACGGUUUUAUUCAUUUUCAGCCUGGUCACCCUGUGCACCAGUAUUUUCCAAAUGUCCAAGAAGAAAAUUCUCAGCGUCGGAUUUCUCUCGUUGAUUUUGUACCUUGGCAGUAUGCUGUUUCAAGUGUUCUUCUAUUGCUGGUAUGGAAACGAGCUGCAGUUGAAGAGCAAGAGUAUCGUCGACGCUAUUUAUUCGAGCGAUUGGACAGUCGCCUCAACGCGAGAUCGUAGAAGCCUGCUGUUCGUAAUGGCCAUCAGUCAAAAGGGAUUGAAACUGUCUUAUUAUGGAAUUUUCAACUUAGCCCUCGAUACUUUCACUUGGAUCUUGAAAACAUCUUACUCAGCCUUUAAUGUCCUACAACAGACGUCGAUGUGACUAGUCCUGAGUUAUAGAAAGAUUAACAAAUUGUAUAGAAUUAUUUUUUUUACACUAUAUAUUUUAGACUUACAUAAAAGUCUUUGAAUUAUUAUUUCUUAUUAGCAGUGUUCCACGUGACACAACCGUCUAUUAAACGUAUUAAAAUCUCUAGAUAAUUGUUAUUACUCUUUAUAUUCAUAUUGUUCAAUUAAGUCAAUUAGACUUAUUAUGGAUUUUACGAAUCAUAACAGUUAAAAUACAAAAAAUCUUUAUCAUUGA